AUGGCGAAGAGAAGAAACUUGGAGAAAGGGACUCAUGAAUACAACGAAAUUAACAAAUUGAUAAAAAGGAAAACAAGGAAAGAUUUAAGGCAAAACAACACAGAAAUGAUAACAAGGACCAUCGAAAAAAACAAAAACAUGAAAGUACUUAAAACACGUAACAAUGAUGGACGCCUUCAAAUACAUCAACUAAGGGACGCAAACGGAACCAUCAAAGAGGACAGUAAAGAUUUAAUGGAUAUCUUGGAAAAUUUCUACAGCACACUGGUCCUAGCAUUGUCUCAAAUGAAAAACGGUAAAGCACCAGGGGAAGAUGGAAUUACAGCUGAAAUAAAAAAACUUGGGGGAAGAACUACUGUAGAAGCAAUGACAAUUCUUCUUAAUAAAUGUUUGACAGAAGGCGUGAUACCCCAAGCAUGGCAAAAGGCCCAGAAGAUAGCUGAACUAGAUGCCUAUCAGCCCCCGGAACAAGCUGGCUUCCGAAAAGGUCAUAGCACAAUAGAACACAUACAAUCCGUUCGCACUAUAAUAGAAAAAUGCAACGAGUACAAUGAACCACUACACCUCGCAUUUAUUGACUAUAACAAAGCUUUUGACUCCGAGUUGUGGGUCAUGAACAAUGCAAGAAUCGACUCUCGAUACAAGCAGCUUCUCAAACACAUAUACGAAAAUGCGACAAUCACCGUUAAAAUCUCGGAAGAGAUAGAAACAAACAAAAUGCAAAUAAAAAGAGGAGUAAGACAAGGGGACACCAUCUCCCCAAAGCUGUUUACACUGGCACUGGAAGGCGUUUUUAAAACUCUAGACUGGAACGAGAGAGGCAUCAAAAUCGAUGGCAAACAUCUGAGCCUUUUACGCUUUGCGGAUGAUAUAAUACUCUUUAGCCAGAAUAUAAUAGAAUUACAGGAGAUGUUGGCAGAACUUUAA